AUGGCUGACGACGAGGAUUGGGGUAUCACUCCUGAUUACAAGAACGUCAUGACCGAGAAGGAACAACGCUUUGGUUCACAGGCUGUUCCUGGUCGUGUCGGUCAUGUUGAUGUGAAUAAGUUGAUCCAGGGUGUAUUGAAGUCGGAUGCCGAAAGCAAGAAAAAUUCUUUUCCAAAAGCCUCUUAUGGUUAUGGUGGAAAAUUUGGCGUUGAAAAAGAUCGGAUGGACAAAAGCGCCGUUGGUACCGACUAUCGUUCGGAGAUGGCAAAGCAUUCCUCGCAGCAGGACUACUCCAAGGGCUUUGGUGGCCGUUAUGGCGUUCAAAAGGAUAGGCAGGAUAAGGCCGCCUUGGGCUACGAACACCGUGAAGAAUUAUCGAAACACUCUUCACAGAAGGAUUACGCAGUGGGAUUCGGGGGAAAGUACGGUGUCCAGAAGGAUCGUGUCGAUGCCUCAUCAGUUGGCUACGGGGAUGCACCAGAGCCAUCUGCUCCACACCAAUCUCAACAACGGGCUGGAGUGGGCACCGGACAGAAUCGUGCCAGCGAACUGCGUGCGCGUUUCGAGAAGUUGGCUUUGGACCGGAAUAAGCCUGUUGAACGACCUUCACGUCCACAAGUGGGUCGUCUCAAGCCGAAUAUCUUUACUCACCCAAUGUCUGCGGAGGAGCCAAAGUCGGAGCCAAAACCCGCAAAACUGACACCAAAGUUUGUUUCAUCGAUGGCACAAGCAUUUGAGAAAAAGAAGGCGGGGACACAAGAGGAGGAGAAGACGAACGAAGGAGUUGACGAGGUUUGGAAGUCCGAACCAGUUCACAAGUUUGUUAAACCGCCUUCUCCUGAAUCUGAACCUGAGGUCGAAGAACAAUCAGAGAAAAAAUUGGAAGAACACGAGGAAAUGGAGCCAUCUUACCAGCCUUCACAACCGACGGAGCCAACAGAGUAUAAAAAGACUUCUAACAUCACGGCAGUGGCUGCUUUCGAUUUCAAUGCUUCUCAAAGUGACGAAUUGAGUUUUCGUGCUGGUGAUACUAUUGUCAAUAUCGACAAGUUUGACGAGUCUUGGUGGUCUGGAUGCAUCGGCACUCGAUGGGGUAUCUUUCCAGCCAACCACGUUAGAGAAAUCAAAUCCGAGGCUGCUGCUACUGGUGCCAGUGCCCAUUCAACUAGCAAUACCACGGCAACGGCUUUGUACGACUUUGUGGCCUCCCAAUCCGACGAGUUAUCCUUCAAGGUGGGUGAAGUGAUUUGUCAUAUUGACAAGUUUGACGAGUCCUGGUGGUCUGGCCGCAUUGGGGAUCGAUUUGGCAUCUUUCCAGCCAUCUAUGUGUCAGAAAAUUGA